AUGUCUGAUUUAGAUAGCGUAUAUCUGAGAGCGGAAAGUGGUAGACCAUUUCUACCGGAAGAAAAUAAAGAAUUUGUCAAGCUCUUUAAUGAACAGAAAUUCAGACCUAGAACUGCUAUUUUAACAGUGUGGUUUGAGUAUCCCAAAAACAUGUUCUUCCAACCCAUACCAGCUAAAGAUAAAAUCACUUUCACGAAUAAAGAAGGUAAAAAGGAAACUGGCACUAAAAUCAGAUUCAGAAAUGGUUUCUGUCACGACGUUUUAACAUCGGUCGAUAUUCAAGAAAUGGUGAAAGCCGGUGGACGAAUUAUUAAAAUAUUAGAUGGUAUAGUUUACGAAGAAUAUUUUAAAACUCCACCCUAUAGAGAUUAUAUUUUAAUUUUGAGAGAUCUAAGAAAUAAAUAUAAACGAGUAGGUAAUAUCGUAGGUAGUAAUUGCAUGAAAUUAUCAGGCAAUUCGUUGUAUAGUAAAUCUAUUCAGAAGGAUAUAAAUACAUCGAGACAUCAAUGGAGUGAAGCGACUUUAAAAGCCAACUACGAUUCACACGUCAAAAGCUAUGAAAAAGUAAAUGAUAGUCAAUAUAUAGUUGAGAUAAAUGAAGAAGAAAAAGAAUUUAUUCCUCCUAAAUCUACACGACUAACACCUAGUCAUUUGGGAUCAUUCGUUUUAUCUCACAGUAAAAAAAUAAUGAAUAAUUUUAUUCGCGUGAUAGAUGGAUUUUAUAAGCCUGAAAUAUACUAUAGGGAUACCGAUAGUUUAUACAUUUCGUCUAGCAAUUGGGAUCAAUUAAAUGAAGCUGGGUUGGUAUCCGAAAAUGAUUAUUGUAAAGGAAAGAAUGAUUAUGGUGAUGGUGGAAUUAUAUUUGGUUUAUAUUUAGCGCCAAAAUUUAAAUACAAUAUCCUUCUAACUUCCGAUGGUGUUUUAAAAGAAAAGAAAACGUUUAAGGGUUACUCUAAAGAUAAGAUAUCCGUAGAAGAUUAUAUUCGAUAG